AUGGCCUCACUCGCGAACGCUUUGAACGACGACGACGACGACGACGACGACGACGACGAAGUUUUGGGUGGUGAAAAGAAGAGUUUUAGUACGCGAGGACGAAGAAGGAUGGUUUUAUCCACCAUACAACGAGAACAAUUACAACGACGAGGAGGAAAUUUUAAAAAUUUUGCGGACGCAGCUUUUAAAAGCCAAAGAAGCAGUGGCGAGACGAAGAAGAACAACAACAACAACAAAGAUUUAAAAUACGCGUGCUUUUAUUGCUUUAAAAAGUUCCACUCUCUGGAUCUUUUGCAAAAACACGCGGCGAAAGAAUUGCACGAUGAAAAACACGACGUGGUGUGCACGAAUUGUCGAAAGGUGUGCAAGACGUACUUUCGUUUGAGAGAACAUUUAGUGGGCGCGACGGCGAGCGAGGCGUGUAAGGAAGCGUUUGAAGAGAAAGGCGGGUGUAGAAAGUGCUUGAGGAUACCGGAGGAUGCCGGAGGAGUGCACGUGUGCGCGUUCGGGAGUAGUACUGGUAGUAGUAGUAGUGUUAGGAAAAAAGAAGGAGUAUGCGACGAGUGUGCACCGCACGUGGCGAUCGAUUGCGAGAUGAUUGCGACGACAAAAAGUGAUGAAACUUUAGCGAAAGUCUGCGUCGUAAACGGUUUGGACGAAAGCGUAUUAAUGGAGACGGUGGUGACGUUCUGUAGCAAAAACGGAGAAGAAGAAGGAAAAGAGGACGAGAAAGUGAAAGUGCUCGACUAUCGCACCGAAAUCACGGGGCUCACCGCGAGCGAUUUUGAGACAAAACUCUUGCCAACGCUUGCAGAAGCGAGAGAAGAAGUCCUCGCGUGUCUGGCCGGAGCGCACAAAAACACGCCGGAGAUGUGGAAGAAUAAGCCUCAUAAACUCGUCGUGCACGACGCUCGUCACGAUCUACGAGCGCUCCAAAUUACCGAUGAAGAUGUCCCAAACCUUUUCGAUCGCAUCCGCGACACGUCCACGUACGUUCCUUUGCAGAAAGAAAAAGGCAAGCGCGUCAAGCUGAAAAAAUUAGUCGAACAGUUUUUAGAGGCGGACGACGCCGAUGCCGACGAUACGCUGCGAAACUUUCAAAGUCCAAAUGCGCCGCACUCGCCGCACCUCGACGCGUUAGCCGCUCUGCGCUUAUACCGAGGGUGCAGAGAUAACUGCUUCCAUUUUCAAGCCGUUCAAAAAGGUCCCUUACUGCGACGUAAAGCAUCAUCGACAACACCGUCAACAACGACACCAGGGGGAGGAGGAGAGGAUGAAAUCGAAUAUUUCAAAACACCAAAAGUUCUUCUUGAAAAUGAAGAAGAAAAGAACGACGAGAAAGACACGUGGCUUUGUUGUUGGUGCGAAGAUUUUGCAUCUGGUGCAAACACACACGAGUAA